UCUCUAUCUCUCUUUCUCUCGUUCUCUCUGUCCCUUUAUCCAUCUCUGUAACACAAAGAAUGGAUAAAAAACCAUGCAAUUCAUCAUCCCAGGAUGCUGAAGUGAGAAAAGGGCCGUGGACCAUGGAAGAGGAUUUGAUUCUGAUAAACUAUAUUGCAAACCAUGGUGAAGGUGUUUGGAACUCCCUUGCCAAAUCUGCCGGUUUGAAACGUACUGGGAAGAGUUGCAGACUCCGAUGGCUAAACUAUCUCCGACCUGACGUUAGGAGAGGCAAUAUCACUCCGGAGGAACAGCUCUUGAUCAUGGAACUGCACGCUAAGUGGGGAAACAGGUGGUCGAAAAUCGCAAAGCAUCUGCCAGGACGGACCGACAAUGAAAUCAAGAACUACUGGAGAACCCGAAUCCAAAAGCACAUCAAGCAAGGUGAUCAGAGCAAUUCACAGGGACAAAGCUCUGAUGGAACUGCAGAUCAGGCAAGCACAAGCAAAGUGGGAUCGAGCAGCACUGUUGCAACUCUGGUUCAGCCUCCUGCUCAUCCUAAUGUUCUACCCCCUGGAGAUUCAAAUCAGGAUAAUUACUGGAGCAUGGAGGAUCUCUGGUCUAUGCAGUUACUAAAUGGAGAGUAA